AUGGUGACCAAUAUUGGAGUCCUCUUGCUAUCAUUGCUUGCCUUUACGAUAGGCAUCGACGCUGUGUCACUUCCACUACCAUUACGAGUCGUUCAUCAGUUCUCUCUUCCAACUUAUCUCAACAGCAUUUUCGUCCGACCAAAUGGCGACAUCUAUGUGACAACAGUAUGGCCAAACGCAUCCAUAUACUGCGUUUCCGGUGCAAACACAGACACCCCGACUGCAUCACUCGUCCAUACCUUUGACGAAAUCAAUGCCGCGACGUCGAUCGUCGAAAUAGAGCCAGAUGUUUUGGCCUUCCUCGGCGGCAAGCAAAGUAGCUUAGGAAUGGGAAUCCAUGGUACAUUUGGGGUGUGGCAGCUGGAUCUUCGUCCCAAAGCACAUGGUCGCGAGCCUAUAAUCCAAGAGCUUGUGCGCAUCCCCGAAGGAGGCUUGCUUGCUGGCAUUGAAGCGCUUCCAAACUCACGAGGUAUCGUGCUCGUGAGUGACUCCACUAUGGGACUGGUCUGGAGAGUGGACACGCGCACUCGGAAAUAUGAACUCGCCAUCAAGGAUGAUGAAACUAUGCAUUUCCCUCCAUGGGCAGUGACUCCAUUCGGGAUCAAUGGUCUUCAUAUCCUGAACGGGUAUCUCUACUGGUCAAAUAGCUACCUGGCAUCUGUUUAUCGCAUCGCGAUUACCAAAGAUGGAUACGCAGCGCCGGGAGCUCAAGGCGAGCUAGUCAAAAGAAUCCAGGCAGUCUAUCUUGAUACAUUCUGCCUGGGGCCCGGCGAUAACGACACCAUUUGGGGUGCCACUGAUGCAGACAAUCGGCUUGUUGCAGUUACCCCAGAUGGCACUGCCACUUUUGUUGCUGGGGCGCCGGAUGAGAUGACAUUGGCAGGUUCUGUGGCUCCUGGAUUUGGCACUUUGCCGGGAGAUACCGAUACAUUGUACGUUGCGACAUCGGGAGCCAUGGUGUUCCCUGUCAAUGGAACUAUCAUCGAGGGUGGCAAGAUCGUUGCUGUCGACACAAGGGGCUUCCUUCCAAGUCCCAGUACAAAGAAUUCCAGACCUGUGAUCAGUCUUGAUUGUCCAUCAAUCUCAUGGCCUGAAUAUCUUCUGCAAAUGCCUUUGAGAUAUCUCUCGAACCUUUUUAAAUAG